AUGUCGGAAUCGCCAGCGCCUUUUCUAAAUGACUUAUACGAGGCCUCUCCAGAGCCCUCCGGGUCGCGACUACGAAAUGCCCCAAUAUCUUCGAUGCCUCCAUCCCCUACCAUGUCCGUGUCUUCCGACAAAGAAAAUCGCUCUUCACGACCGGUGAUAGAUAAAGGAAAAAGUCGAGAACCCAUGGGCCCUCCGCCUGACUUUGUGCCAUCGAGAGAUAGGAGCAAAAGAAAACGCACUAUGGAACGCGAUGUCCAAGCAGACCGAAACCGCCGGCGCCGAACAGUUGAGAAUGACGAGGCUAGCUCAGGAGAGGACUAUGAUCCGGAACAAGAUAUUGAGGAGCGAAGAAAACUCCGCAAAGGGCUGAGGGACCUUUCCAAGAACCUCACAGAUAACCGCUCGGAUUUUCUAGCGGUAGGAUCUAAGGGCCUGAGGGAUACGAUGCUCCGAGCCAACGAAUUAUCCGAGCAAGUCAAGCAAACAUCAGACGCAACUAUCGAUGCCCGCCUACUCGUGACCACGGCAGAUAUCUCAUAUAGGAAAACCAUUGCCCUCACUUCAGGCGACACGGCACAGGGAGUGGAUCUUGAGGUAUUUAUUUCAAAAUGCCGUGCAUAUAUGAGGGCCGGACACGAUGACGCAAGUGCUGCUCCCAGCAAUACCCAACGCAGGAGACGGAACGGUGAAGAGGAGGACGAAGAUGGGGAUAUGUUGAAUUGGGCAUAUCUCGGCCGAUACGCUUGCCUCCCACAAAUUUUCCGACCCGCGGUUCCUGGAUUCCUCCUGGGACCUUUAUCAGUAGAAAAGCGUGCGAAGAGGGUCGUUACGCGAAAGGCACCGUUGAGAAUGAACAACCUUCAAGAAACCCGUCCGGAGGUCCUGCAAGCUGAUGAUAUCGAGAAAUCGGAGAACGCAAACUUGACGACGCUCUGCACCCAGAUUCUUACGAGGGCACAGAAGAUGAAGCGGGAUGCCAUGCGUGCGGCGGAGGAAGAGAACCAACCUGGCAUGACGGAUAAAGAAAUCGAGGAACUUCUGGACCGCAAUUCUAUAUCAGCCGAUGGCGGACUUGCAUUUUUCAAAUUUGUUAUCAAUCCUUGGUCAUUCGGCCAGACGGUCGAAAAUAUGUUCUAUGUGAGCUUCUUGAUUCGCGAUGGCAAAGCAGGAAUAUCUCUAGAUGAGCGCGGUCUUCCAUAUUUACACCUCACAGAACCUCGCAGCAAAAAAGGCAGUAAUGACCAUACUCCCGCAAAACAUCAAGCUGUUCUGGCACUCGAUAUGGCAUCUUGGAAAACGAUAAUUGAGAUAUUCGAUAUCCGAAAACCUAUGAUCAGGCACCGAGAAGAGGAAGAACAUAGUGCUAUAGGUAAACGGGGAUGGUACGCUUAG